GUAAAAUAGAUUAAAGAAAAGAGUGAUGAAAAUUCAUGCAUAAAUACCUUGAAAUAAUUCUUUUGUGACUAUAUAAAAAGAGAGACAAGCUUAGUAUUUACGUUUCAACUAAUUAUUCAUUACAUGAUAGAAAUAUAAUUAGGAAAGAAGGAACAUUAAGCUAUCUAUCUAUAGUUAGCUCUUGCAUUUCUCAUGAACUGUGGAGUCGUGUUGGGUUUCUAUUGUUGGGGUUGGGAGUUCUUAACUGCCCUUCUUCUCUUCUCUUCUCUCUUCUUCUAUCAAUCUUAAAUAUUUUCAUUACCUUCUAUAUUAAUUAAUUAAUUAAUUAGUACUCUCUUAUAUAUAUAUAUUCUCAUCUUCAUAUUUCUUAUAAGAAACAAAUUUUCUCUUACACAUAUAUACAAAGUUGCUAGAGAAAUAUUAAUUCAAAUACAAAAAAAAAAAAAUGGAAGGAGUAGUGAUUAGUGAGAAGGGAUUGUUGGAAUGUGGAAGAAAGUGCACUCCAUCACCUUUCUUGUUGAAGACAUAUAUGUUGGUGGAGGAUCUGGCCACCGAUGAUGUGAUAUCAUGGAACGAAGAAGGAACGGCGUUCGUGGUGUGGCAACCGGCGGAAUUUGCUCGUGAUCUUCUGCCAACACUCUUCAAGCAUAGCAAUUUCUCUAGCUUUGUACGCCAGCUCAAUACCUAUGGGUUUCGUAAAGUUGCAACAAAUAGAUGGGAAUUUUGCAACGAAAAGUUCAAGAAAGGUGAAAGAGAAUUGCUAUCCGAGAUUCGGCGAAGAAGAGCUUGGAACAACAACAAGCAACAUCACACCGUACAAAACCAAGAUUCUGAUGAAGAUCAAAGGUCAUCAUCAACCUCAUCAUCGUCCGGUUAUAUUAAUCUGGUGGAUGAAAAUAAGCGACUGAAGAAGGAGAAUGCGGUGUUGAAUUCUGAACUAACAAGCAUGAAAUGGAAGUGUAAGGAGCUAGUUGAUUUGGUUUCAAUUUAUAACCAAAAAAAGGAAGAGGAUGAAGCUAAUGAGAAUGAUAAAAGGCCAAUGCUGUUUGGAGUGAGACUAGAUGUUCAACAAGGAGAUAGAAGGAUAAAGAGGAAUAGAGCUGAGAUUGGUGAAAACGCAAGUAUUUUGUUGUCUCAAUCAUGCAAAUAGAAAUAUAAAUAAUAAAUAGAAGCCUGAAAACAUAAAUUUAUACAUAGCUACUGUAAAUUAAAGUAAUAAUCAAAUUUGGAAAUCAUACAUAUUGGGUUAAUUAGAUAGGCCUGCAAGUUCCAUCUCUCCCAAUCUGCUACCAAUCUAUGUAUCGUUCCAAUUUUAUCGGAUGUCUCCGUAGAGUUAUCCGAUAAAACUAGAUACCAAUCUGUUAUAUUAGUGCUGGAUAAUUAGAUUAUAUUUCAAGGUUUUUUUCAUAACAGGUUCAAUUGUUACUGAGUUUAUUGUGAUGUGUAUUGUAAAAUAAAAUUGACUAAAUUGUGACUUGUGAGAAA